GCACAAUGAAGUAAUACUUAACCACACCAAUGCUCAGUCCCAUUUAAUUGGUAUGAAGUUCCUAAUAUGUUGUCUCCUUUUUCCUAUAUCAAAAUCAAUGCUGAAUUAUUACUCACAAAUUUAUCUUUUAGAUGUAAUUGGGCUCCUCACUGCUAAGGGUGACAUUAUUGAAUUCACAAGAAAUGGAAAGAAGUCCAUCUAUAUUGUCAUAGAGCUUGAUGACCUAAAGUUAGUAGAACGUUCUUACCUGUCCAAUUUUGUUAAAAACAUCUAAUUUAGUGCAACUUUGUUUCUAUGCAUAUUGACUAAUCGACUGACUCUUGAACUAAUUAACUGUUAAAUGUUUCCACAGGGGAAACGGUACCGUUCGAUGUACUUUGUGGGAAGAAUUUGCAACUCAAUUGGUAAAGCAUAUGGAAGAGACACCAAGCUCAGAAUAUAUACUCAUUAUACAAUUUGCGAAGUUUAACCUGUUCAAAGGUACAAUGGGUAUAUCAAACGCCAACUACAAUUCCAUUCUACACAUCAACGGUGAUUUUCAAGAGGUCAAGGAUUUUCGAAAGAGUGUCAUAAUGUCAGGUGUACCUGCUGCAACUCAAGUUUUCCAAAUACUGGGAGAACCGACGCAUUCAAUUGAAGAGGACCUACUUAACCAUUUCAUUUAUAAGCCCAUAUCCAAGCUGAAGGAUUCAAUUGAGAAUGGGCUCUUUGUCACUAUUGGCACGAUUAUAUCCAUUGAUUCUAAGAAUGGAUAGUGGUACAAGAGUUGCAAGCAUUGCUUCCAUUCUUUACAAGAAGCUGAGAACUCAUACCACUGUGCUAGGUGUAAGACAUACCCAUCGUCUCACACCCCAAGGUUUAGCAUAAAGAUGCAAGUUGCUGAGGAGACUGAUACGACUUCCUUCCUACUGUACGAUAAGGAAGCGUCCAAAUUCCUUGGUAUAUCUGCAUCCGAUCUCAGACUUGCACAACUAACCAGGGGUGGAGAUGAAGAAUAUUCAAUAGAGCUUAACUCACUGAUGGGAAAGAAAUUUCUGUUCAAAAUUUCUGUGAAAAUGGAAGAUCUAAAUGCAUUCCAACCAUGUAGCAUAAUUGUUACUAAGCUCUGUGGGGACAACUCAGUUAUCACAAAAUUUACUGCGAAGAAUAGCUUAGACGAGCAAAAUAUGGGUAUGCAGAAUUCUGAACUGCUGAGCAUGAACGCUAACUCUGCUGAAACCCCAAAGGGUACAAUCUCUCCCUCUGCUGAGACUCUAUCCCAUGGAACAAUUGAUGCAUUCUCAACUCCAAAUAAUAAAAUCAUCAUUGGUGGGUGGUUUAAGAAGCUGAUCGAACUGUACCCGGAUUCUACCCAUGCAUCAUCCUCCAAAUGCAGGAAAGUGAUAGAAGGUGCCACUGCAACCAUUGUCGAGAUUCAUGAUGAUUAGUGUCAUUGCUAUGUAAUAAACUAAUCUAGGCCUUAGCGGUUUUACCGACAGACCAGAUUAUGUGUUUAAUAUAUAGUGAUUACCUAAGUUGUGUCGUUGGAUCUUUUGUAUCCAGCUUUGUGGUUUGCCUUAUGCUAUGUCAUUAGCUUGAAUAAUGUAUGGUUGACUUAUACCAACCAUUAAUGUAGUCGUUUGGCUUGGAAUGUGUCUAUGUAGUCGAAGUAGACGUGAUCUCCAUGAGACCGUUUUACUUCUUAUGUCUUCAUUUGAAGUUCAAUGAAAUCAGGCUAUUUUGCUAUAUGA